AAAAAUCCAAUUUCCACACAGAUAAAUGGCAAGCAAGGAGACACGCCGAGGGGGGUUUUAGGACUCGCCCAACCUCGCACUACCUGUCCCAUUUGUCAGCCCCACUCUGCGACCACGGCAACCAUCAGCUUGCAACGGUCGCGUGAGACGCGCUGGGAUGAACGACAAGCCUGGCAAUGGCAGCAUCGGGCUGCGAGGAGUGGUGCGCCAGCUGUCGCUGCGCCGAGGUCGGAAUGUAAGCCAGGACGCCCCGUCGCCCAAACAAGCGUCAAGAAUCGUGUCAAGAGAUAAGUCCACUACUACAACGACGGGCAAUGCAGGCGGCUUGGCCAGGAGCUUUUCGGCGUCGUCUUCGACGACUUCAAUCGAGAGAUCUGUUCCUGAUGAUGACGACAGGAUCGCAGAUGCGUUGGCAUUCCAGCCAAAGCUUCGAGCCCACCCCAGGAGGGGUUCGAGGUCGCGCCGUGUCGAGUCCGUCUGGGGUCCGCCGCCUGCUUCUCAAGAAGUAGGGGCCAUGAAUAUGUUUGGCGUCGAUUUGGAGCCUCAAGCUUCGCGGAAGGGCUCGUCCACGCUCGAGCAGCCUGUAGCCCGGACAAAGAAUCCAUUUGCAGAAGUGUUCGACCCUUUACCGCCGAGCGCAGCGCCCCUGGGCCCAAAGGGGCGACCCAAGCUCAAUGCAAGACACUCGAGCUCUUCUGGCGUUCCAGGGAGACCCUCGAGCCGCGAACGAAUCUUUGGCGGGCUUUUUGGUUCUGUCUCCACUGCUUCGAAGAAGAAGCCUUCCAUCUACGGCGAGCCGGCCAGGCGAAGCUUCGAUUCUAUCUGCACAUCAACAGCAGAAUCCCUCGACGAGCCUAUAAUGCCAAAAGGCAGCGUCAAUGUCCGACGCUCGUCGACGCUCCGAACCGACCGAGACAUGGGUCACUUCAAGUCCCGAUCCGAGCAACGAACAGUGUCGAGUACAACACGUGCGAAACCUUCGCUUGACCUCACCCGAUCCCCACCGCUGCCCUCGUCGCCCUUCAAUGGCUAUUGGGCACCGCCGAAGCUCGACGACGAUGUAGAAGAGCUGAGCAGUAUGACGCUCUCAUCUCCUAUUCUGGCGUCCAACGACGAUUUGGAGUUUGCGGGCGAAGCGAAAGGUGAUGGCGAGGGCGAGUGGGCGCUGAUGCAAAAUGUCAAGGACCAUAUGCGUGCGAAGCGGGAACUGAUGGGCCAUGGCCCCUUUUGGGCUGUUCAGAGAGGAUGGAAGAAGGGCGUCUUCAGUAGCCACGCCGAAGCUGAUCGCCAGAUCCGAGAUUUUCCCGGUCCUCUGAUGAGAAAAUUUGACGAUUUUGACGAGGCCACGGCGUUUGUCAAGGCCACCCAGCCAGUCAUCAGACCCGAGACGCCCGAUGAGGACGAAAGCACCGGAAGACGCUUCAUCGGCCCGCUGAGCAGGAAUUCAUCGCUCAGAAGGCCAAAUGGUGCCCAAGGCGACAAUGGGAUCCCUAGGACGUUUUCGCCCCCUUCAGGGUUGAAAACGUUGCCAGCUAAUGCAUCGAUCGCGAAAAAUGUCAAGAGUAGCAACAAUCCAUUUUGGUCGGAUGGCAAUCACAUUGCCAGCCCGGCUAGCCGCGGGGCAGACUCACUCUCCAAACCGACCACAUCGACACCGCUGACGCUGGCGCCCACUCGGGCGAUGACGCUGAUGCCCGUGUCAGAUCUCGAGUCGUCUUUGUCAUUCUAUCGACAGGUCUUAGGCUUCGUACAAGUUGGAGACUCUUCUGUUCAAGGCCAGGUCGUCGUUGCGCCGUCCAACUCUUCCAGCGUCUGCAUCGCGUUGAGAAGCCUAAGGAAUUUGAAAUACCCACCACAGACUCUCGGCAGCAAUUCUCUCUCGAGCUCGGUACCGCAGACUCCACCUUCUACAAAGUUCCAGUCUCCCAGCCAGAGGUCGAAACAGCCUCCUCCGCCUGUGCCCCCUCUGCCCAGCUCCUUCGAGCCGAGGUUGACAUCCUCGUCUUCGUCCGAGGACUUGUCGUCGCAGACAAGCUUCAACUCAACCUCAACCCCAAUUGAAUGUCGUAAGCGUUCUGGCACGUCUACCUCACACGACUCCACAUUUUUCUCUUCCGACAUCAAAACGCCGCCGACCGCCUCCUGCGUGCUACUGGAAUGCGAGCAGGACAUGCAAGCUCUGCGUCGAGGAUUGUUGAGUCGCCUUGCCGACCCGACACUGGCCAUUAAGUGGCCCCGUGCCUUCGUUUCCGAAGCUACAUCAGUGAGUUAGAUGGCCGGAUUCCUUUCCUUGCUGCCGACUGAUCUUUGUGUUCGCUCUACUCUACACUAGGACGAAGAAACCUUCCUGAUAGACCCCGACGGCCAUGUAAUUGUGUUCUCCCCCUCUCCCUCCUUCUCAUCCUCGUCGAAACAGCAGCAUCGAGGAUGAUUGUGUAGUAUCAUAAGUCUGUACUCUAGGAUUCCCGCAAGCCCAUUGC